UAAUUUAUUUGUUUUGUUGUAUUUCUCUCGAGUUCGAGUUCACGACGUUUUUUGUUCGUAGGUUUGUUGUUUUGAAAAAGAAAGCUGUAGAAAUCAAAAGGACUAAACGCAGUAGAAUUUAUCAUUUCAUUAUAAUUAUUAUAAAUGAUAAACUUUUGAAACCUAUCUACAUGAGUUUAGAUUUAGAAGAAGCUAACGAGACGCAGCAACUAAUGCACAAUGAGGGUGACGAAGAAGAGCAGAAAGUAUCUCAAGCAGCGACUUCGCCAGUCGCCAGCAAUAAAAUGUCCAGUGGCGCAGCCAGUCUCACCUCUAAGACGCCCGGUCAGAUACUCACAAGCACUGGAAACAAUAGCGUGAAUGACUCUACUAAAGUAUCGUAUGUCAAUGAAAGACGUUUACACCGAGACUUGAUGCGCUCCAAUUAUAAUAAUAGGCCUAAACACAUUCCAAAAGAGGCUCCAGAUGUGAAGCACAUGGAGAAAGCAUUGCUAGAGUUGUUAGAUGAUUUCCAUACAGGCAAAUUGAGUGCUUUUGGUACAGGAUGUAGCAUGGAACAGAUGAUCAAUAUAAGAGACCAACAGGAACAUCUAGCUAGACUUCAUUUUCGGUUGUAUGCUGAUGUAGAGAAACCCACAGAUGAUAAUUUUGAUAGUUCAGCUUCAAGAGAUAAAAUGGCUCAAUUGGUUCAAAGCUUAGAGCAACUUUCUACAUCUAUUGAACACUUGCAGUCUGAUGAAAAUGUUAAUGUAAGCAGUAGUGAUAAAGCCAGUAGCCAAAAUGUUUGAACCCUAAUUUUAUAUAACAACAUCCCUUUUUGUGUAGAUAUUAUUUUUUGUAUUUAUCAAAUCAAUGUAAUAUUGUAAUUUUAGGAAUAGGUGAAUUAAAGUCAUUAAACAAUCAUAA